GUCUGCACGCACAGCUGUUCUGAGUCACGGACUAGAUAGCCAGCAGGAAGAGAGGACCUGCUCUCACAUAUGGGAUUCCCUCAGUAUGAUCUCACGAUUUUACCAGUUCGCUCAAUGGAUUUAACUCGUUCGCUUGGAUUUAUGAUAACAAAGGAAAUCUGAAAAGGUGAAAAGUUUGCCAGCUUUUCGGGAAAUACAAUUAUAAAUAGAUAUAAGCCAGCCAAGUUUUCUUUUUCUUUCCUUCAUCUGCAAAGGAUAUCGGGCAAUGAUUGGAUAAUAUAUUGCUAGAAAUAAUGGAUAGCAGCUGUUUCGUUAUUUUUGAAUACAAUUCUGUCUGAAGCAAAAAUAGAAAUGUCUGAUGCUAAAGAAAACGAUUAUUUCAAGCAAUAAAAAAAAAUCAGACGAAAUGGCGGAAACCAAAGAAGCCAAGAUGGCGGUGAACGGACCCAUUUUCUUCCUCAUUCAGGAGCAAGCCAAGUCUGUUGUUGCCAUACAGGCUCUGCAGACUCGAAUGGCAGUCCUUGAAAGCCUUCAAGAACGGUUAAUGCAAGCUAUUGAUGACGUCCAUUUACACCUUGCGUCCAAAGAGACCAAGACCCAUUCGAAUUCUUCGAAGUCUUCAGCAUGUUGCGAGCCUUCGAAAUCUCCUACAAUCAGCGUUCCAAACAGUGAAAAAAAGCUGAGAUUCGUCGAAACUGGACACAACAUUGCUGGAACUGAAACUGUUCAUAAAAGCGAACUAUCCAAGAGUGAUAGUCUGAACAAAGACAGUGGUAUCGGUGGUAGUGAGUGCAGCCUAGCGCCUACGGAGGCAGCCAACAUUCCCGAUGAGGAGGACGAACUUUUGCAACUUCUGGAUUUGAUAGACCAGAAGAGUUUAGAGCUUCUUAAGCAGAUUGAAGGUCGUGGAGUGCAAGACACCGACAAACCUGUAUUGAAAAUGGAAGAAGGAUCGAAGGCUCUGUUGCUUGACAAUCUUUUACAUGAAAAGGUUAACACUCAACGACAACUAUCCGAAGUGAAAGCCGAGCGAGACGAGCUGAGGCGCCGAUUGGCUAAGCUGGAACUUGCCACUGAAGCUGUGAAUAAACAGAAACUUAAAGUGCAAGAGCAGUUGGAUGCUACUCUCAUGGAAAACAAAAGCCUUCAGGAAAAAAUACACAAAACCAGUGAAUUCAGUCGGAAAACUGAGUCAUUAAGCUAUCUUGCUGACAUUGAACGCGCUAGCAUUAAACGAAAGUACAUGGAGUACAGCGAAAGAAGUCGGAUGAAAGUAUCUGCUAUCCUAAAAGAAGGAAAUGUGUUGGAACUACAAAAGCAGUUACUUUCAUAUGUCAUGGAAAAUGACAUUUUGAGAGCCAAACUUCAUCAAGACGAGCCAUCAAAAAUUGGUAAGUGGUUGAAAAUAGAGACGCAGCUAAGGAAAGAGUUGAAAGAAACUAUUGAAGAAAAUCAGCACCUUAAAGAAGUCUUACAAUCAAAGGACUUGGAAAUAGCUUCCCUUAAAGACAAAAUUAGAGUUUUGGAAGAAGGUGAAGACGAUUCUUGUGUCAAAAACUUCGGAAUGGGUAGCACAGAAGAUUGGAGAGAGCCUGGAGUUUACAACAAGCGCUCCAAUCUAAAUACGAACUCACCAUUUUCGCCUUUGGGAUAUGGUGAUUUCUCUAAAACUCAAAGUCUUCCUGCUAUCCUUCUCUUAGGCGCCCAAGCAAAGCUUAAGGAACAGGAUAGCAUGCGCGGCAACUAUGAUCACAUUUAUGAUACAGGUAGCUUUACAGAAAUACCGUUGAACCACAGCUACCAAUCUGGACAACCAGCUGAUAAUUCGAGCCAUCAAAGUGCUUAUUCAAAGGACCUUGUAGAUCUGAACUCCCCACCUGAGCCUAGUUUCUCAUCUACUUCCACACUAGUGAAUUCCAACUGUUCAAACCGGCCAAUUUUACAUUCCGGAGUAUCUGCUCCCAACUUGAGUGGUACGUGCAACCACGAAACGAUUCAGAACUGGGUUUUCGCCCCUCGCAAGUCUGCUGCUGUAGUUUCGAGUGAAACCGAUAUUGUGAGUGGUGCCAAGCUGGUAAAUGGCCAUCUUUGUUGGAAAGGAACGACUAAAUUAUCGAAUUCCAAUUUAUCCGUAUCGGAGGACAUAUCUAGUAUCUGCACGGAAUUUGAUCCGUUAAGUGAAGAUAAUCCUUCCUGUGAAAAUUUUGUGGAUUCUUUAAAUCUGUCCAUACCCUUAAAGCCCACCCAAGUAGCUAUAUCUCAACUGUCAUCCAUUGGAGACAGUUUGCAUAGCAAUAGCCUCGACAUGGGCUGUAGUUCCUCGCCUGUUUUGUAUCAGGAUACGCGGAAAGUACACAAUGCGAGGUCCGUUGAUGGUAUUCGUGAACUUUUACUUGAAAAUGGUUAUUGUAGAAAGAUUCCCACAUCCCAAUAUGGACAUUCCACUAUUGCACCAAUAAUCCUUGGGAAAUCUGGUCGGCACUUACCUGUUAACAUAAUUAAAUGCAUGCAUGAAAAUUCUGAUUACUCUCUGUUGUGAUAACUAUUUAGUAGAUGGUGAAGAAGGAAUUGUUUAAAGUUUUAUUUAUGCCUAUGUUGGACC